AUGGAUACCACGGAGAACUCAACCUCUGGAUACAAUAUCAAGACUCGAUUCAUUAUUAUUUCAGACACGCAUGGAGAAGAAUUCAAGCCAGAAGCAAAGCCCCUCAAACAUGCGGAUGUGGCCAUCCAUUGCGGCGACCUCACGGACCAAUCUAAGAUAGAGGAGUACCGCGCCACUAUACGACUGCUCAAGGACAUUGAUGCGUCUCUUAAGCUCGUUAUUGCUGGGAAUCACGACUUUACAAUGGAUAAUCCUGUCUUCAAGCGAAAGAUAGCUGAAGUACGGCCACCUCUGGAUCCAGAUGUUGUCAGAAGAGAGUAUGGUGAUUAUGGAGAGCCCGUGGACACCAUCAUUGGGCGGUUGGGAUUUCAGUAUCACCCAGAGAAAGGGCACAAAUUCUCUAUUGAGAAGGGAGUUGACGUCGUGAUUACCAAUGGACCGCCAAAGGGAAUUAUGGACUACACUGGGUCCUGCCAAAGGGCGGGGUGUCCGAUCCUUUUUGGAGCUGUUGCUCGAGCCCGGCCGCGGCUACACUGCUUUGGUCAUAUACACGAGGGUUGGGGCGCGAAGCUGGUUACUUGGAGCGAUCAACUCAGCGAGACGCCAUCACACUUUACAGAUAUCGACAAUGAGAGGUCUAUUAUUGUGGAAAGGUUAUCAGGCUUACAGAAGUCUAGGUUCGACACACCGGAGAUUACGGCGGCAAAGUUGAAGAAGGCGGAGUAUUAUAGUCACGAGAGGUGUUAUACGACCAGCCACUGCACUGGAGAUGCGAAUCCUCUUGAAUGGGGUGCGCAGACGCUUUUUGUCAAUGCCGCUAUCAAAGGCACUGAGGAUCAUCCUGUGCAGUUGCCGUGGCUGAUCGAUAUUGAGCUCCCAAGGGCUGGCUAG